AUGGGGGCAGGAGCACAGGUCAGACUCCUGUUGUGGAAGAACUGGACCAUCCGCAGGAGGCAGAGGGUGCGAUUCUUCAUGGAGAUCAUGUGGCCUGUAAUGCUGUUCAUGGGACUGGUGUGGCUAAGGAGGGUGAAUCCACUUUACCGUCAACAUGAAUGCCACUUUCCCAACAAGGCCAUGCCCUCCACGGGGGUCCUGCCCUGGAUCCAGGGAAUCUUCUGCAAUGCCAACAACCCUUGUUUCCAGUACCCCACCCGUGGUGAAUCUCCUGGUCUUGUUUCCAACUACAACAACUCCAUAUUGGCUCGCUUCUACUCAGAUGCCCAGGAGCUUCUUGUCAGCGAUCCACAGUUUCUAGAGCUUGGCCGCCUCUGGAGGGAACUGAACACCAUGAGUAACUUCAUGGAUACUCUACGCUCACAUCCUGAACAGAUCUCAGGCCGAGGAGUUAAAGUGGAGAUGAUCCUGAAGGACGAUGAAACUCUGACAGCGUUUCUGCUGAGAGACAUUCCUCUGACGGAAUCUGUGGUCUAUCAGUUAGUCAAUGCUCAAAUCAGGCCUGAACAGUUUGCCUCUGGGGUCCCAGACUUGCAUUUAAAAGAUAUCGCCUGCAGCAUGAACCUGCUGGAGCGCUUCCUCAUAUUCCCCAGCAGCCGAGGACUCAACGCAGUUCGCAAUGCCAUGUGCAUCCUGACCCCGCAGCGGCUACAGAUAAUAGAGGACAAGUUCUACGCCAAUGUGGACUUUUUCAAGCUCUUCCGGCUGCUUCCUCUUGUUCUGGACAACCAUUCUGAAGGCAUUGACAUUCACUUCUGGGUGCGGGUCAUCUCUGCUGUCUCAGACAAACUACACGAGUUGUUCCAGAGGAGCAGCACCAGGGAGCUUUUCCAGGUCAUGACUCCUCUCUUCCAGAACAAUCUGUCCUUCAGGGAGGUGAUGGCCGCUGCCUCCCGCCUGGUAUGUGGCUACACCGAGGGGGCUUUCUCCAGAGUCACCUCCUUUAACUGGUAUGAAGACAAUAACUACAAGGCCUUCCUGGGUAUCAGCAGCAGCAGGGCACAGGGCCACUACACAUAUGACAACAGCACCACUCCUUUCUGCAAUGAUCUGAUGAGAGAACUGGAGUCCAACCCUACCACCAGGAUUGUGUGGAACUCUGUAAAGCCCAUGCUGAUGGGACAGAUACUGUACGCUCCUGACUCGCCCGCUGUCAGACAGAUCAUACGAAAUGCUAACACUACAUUUGAGGAGCUGGAAAGGCUCAGGACAAUGGGGAAGGCCUGGGAGGAAGUCGCUCCUCAGAUUUGGGCUUUUUUCCAAGAUGGAGUCCAAGUCAAGAUGAUUCGGGACUCCAUUUGUAAUCCAUCAGUAAUGGAUUUCAUUGAUAGAAGUCUUGAGGAGACACCCUUCUCCUCCAAGCACAUACUCAACUUCCUGUACAAUGGCUCACCAGAGGAACGUCCAGAGGACAUGCCGAAUUUUGACUGGAGACACAUCUUCAACCUCACUGACCGUGUCAUUCGGAUGCUCAAUCAAUAUGGGGAUUGUGUAAUCCUGGAUAAAUUUGUGGCUCUGCGUGAUGAGGACGGUGUCACCCAUCAGGCCUUGGACCUGUUAGAGGACAGAAAGUUCUGGGCAGGCCUCAUCUUUGUAGAUAUGUACCCCUGGACCACCAGUGUCCCGCCCCAUGUCAAGUUCAAGAUCCGUAUGGAUAUUGAUGCAGUGGAGCGCACCAACAAGGUCAAAGACAGAUAUUGGGACCCUGGUCCCAGAGCUGAUCCUAUGGAGGAUCUCCGCUAUGUGUGGGGCGGCUUUGCUUACCUCCAAGACAUAAUAGAGCAUGGAAUCAUCAAGACUCACACAGGGAAGGAGUGGCCGCUGGGUGUUUACCUUCAACAGAUGCCAUACCCAUGUUAUGUGGAUGAUCUCUUCAUGCUGACUCUGAACCGCUGCUUCCCCAUCUUCAUGGUACUGGCCUGGGUCUACUCGGUGUCCAUGAUAGUCAAGAGUAUCGUCCUCGAGAAGGAACUCCGCCUGAAGGAGACCCUAAAGGCCACAGGGGUCACCAACGGCGUCAUCUGGUCCACCUGGUUUAUUGACAGCUUCAUCAUGAUGAGCACUAGCACUGCUCUCCUUACUGCCAUCAUCAUGGGAGGGAGGGUGCUGAACUACAGCAAUCCCAUCAUCCUCUUCCUCUUUCUGCUCACCUUCACUAUGGCAACCAUCAUGCAGUGCUUCCUCCUCAGUGUAUUCUUUAACCACGCCAACCUGGCAGCGGCCUGCUGCGGCAUCGUUUACUUCGCCCUUUACCUCCCACACAUCUUCUUCUUUGCCUGGCAAGACCGCAUCACCAAAGACAUGAAGAUCCUGGUGAGUCUGCUGUCACAAGUGGCGUUUGGCUUUGGGACAGAGUACCUGUCACGGUACGAAGAACAGGGUUUGGGUUUGCAGUGGGACAACAUCCAGACAAGUCCUCUGGAAGGGGAUGAGUUCUCCUUCCUCACUUCCAUCUGCAUGAUGGGCCUGGACACUGUACUGUACGCUGUGCUGGCUUGGUACCUGGACAAUGUCUUCCCUGGACAGUAUGGAAUUGGCCGUCCAUUUUACUUUCCCUUCCUGCCCUGUUACUGGCUCAAUACUGUGGCUCCAGCUUCAAGCAACGAGCUUGAUUUGGAUAAAAAGGGCUUUGAUAACCUUGUGAGCAAGAAGCAAGAAGAGCAGCAGAAAAAAGAGAAGGAAAACCAGGAACAGGAGAAACCAAAGGAGGAGGCCAACUCAUGUGAACACCAGAAUCAGCGGGAGAGGCUGGGGAAGGAAACUCAGUCUGAGGGAGAGGAGGACCAGGAAAAAGAUGGCCAGCAGUUCUUUGAGGCAGAGCCAGCCGACCUGGUGAAGGGGGUUUGCAUCGAGAACAUGGUCAAGGUGUUUGGCAGUAGCUCCAGACCGGCAGUGGAUGGCCUCAACAUCAGUUUUUAUGAGAGCCAGAUUACUGCCUUUCUGGGCCACAAUGGGGCUGGGAAGACCACCACCAUGUCUAUUUUGACUGGCAUGUUCCCUCCCACCUCUGGGACGGCCACCAUCUAUGGCAAGGAUAUCUGCACAGACAUGGAUACCAUUCGCCUGUCUCUGGGAAUGUGUCCCCAACACAACAUCCUUUUUCAACAUAUGACAGUAGCAGAGCACAUCCUGUUCUACUCACUGUUGAAAGGCCGUCCAAUAGCGGAGGCAGAGGAGGAGGUGGAGAACAUGCUGCAGGAUCUGGGUCUCCCCCACAAGAGAAAUGAACUGACUCAGAACCUCUCAGGAGGCAUGCAGAGGAAGCUGUCAGUCGCCUUGGCAUUUGUUGGUGGGGCUAAAGUGGUGAUCCUGGAUGAGCCCACAUCAGGGGUGGACCCCUACUCCAGGCGCUCCAUUUGGGAUUUGCUGCUGAAAUACCGUGCAGGACGCACAGUGAUAAUGUCCACCCACCACAUGGACGAGGCCGACCUGCUGAGUGACCGGGUGGCCAUUAUCUCACAGGGUCGCCUCUUCUGUUGUGGUUCCCCAAUCUUCCUCAAGAAUUGCUUUGGCGCCGGUUUCUACCUCACUCUUGUACGGCGAAUUAAACAUGAUGCUCUAAAGGUUAGCUGCGACUGUACAGAGGACUGCUCCUGUAAAUGCUCUAAAUGCUCUGAGUUUAAAAUGAACACUGAGGAGACGCAGGCUGCAGACAGACAGAUGGACGGUAACAUGGAAAGCAUCACAGCCCUGAUCCACCAUCACGUGCCACAGGCUCGACUGAUCGAGGCCAUCGGACAGGAGCUGACCUACCUGCUCCCAAACCGUAACUUCCAGCCCAGGGCCUACGCCAGCCUCUUCAGGGAGCUGGAGGAAACCCUGGUGGACAUCGGCCUCAGCAGCUUUGGCGUGUCGGACACAUCGUUAGAGGAGAUCUUCCUAAAGGUCACUGCUGAUGGGAAUGCAACCAACAGGAAAUGUUUACAAGACAAGAAAACAUUGCAGCAGAUUUGUCGAACUAGUCUUUGUGGAUUGAACAGAGUGACUGUUGAUAUGGAGCCACGGAAAGAGGCGGAUGGAGCUUCGUACACCAAUGGCCAGGGCCCGUGUGAUGUCUCAGACGGUGGCGCAGGCAGGGGGUCGGACCAGGUUAGAGGCCUGUGUCUGACCAUCAAACAGUUCUUUGCUCUGCUGAUAAAGAGGCUGCAUCACACCACACGCUCCUUCAAAGACUUCUUUGCCCAGAUUGUGCUGCCAGCCAGUUUUGUUUUCCUGGCACUGACAUUCACUCUGAUCGUUCCACCUUUUGGAGAAUAUCCAAGUCUGACGCUCAGUCCCUGGAUGUAUGGACGGCAGUACACCUUCUUCAGUAAUGAGCGACCUAUGGAUGCUCAGAUGAGAUACUUUGGUGAGGUGUUGCUGGACAAGCCUGGCUUUGGGACUCGCUGCAUGGUGGAUGAACCACUGGAAGAUUUCCCAUGUAACAACAUCACCACAGAGUGGGAGAUGACCCUGGUGAACCCUGCCCUGAUAGAAAUGCUGGCUGGUCCAGAGUGGGACUCCCUCACACCAUCACCAGACUGUCAGUGCAGCACACCCAGAAAACUUACCAUGCUGCCUGUGUGCCCAGAGGGAGCUGGAGGCCUGCCACCUCCACAGAGGAUCCAGUCAACAGGAGACGUUCUCAUGGACCUUACAGGCAGGAACAUCUCUGACUACCUGGUGAAGACCUACCCCAGCCUCAUCAGAACCAGCUUGAAGAGCAAAUAUUGGGUGAAUGAACAAAGAUAUGGAGGUAUAUCAGUCGGAGGGCAGCUUCCUGUUUUAGAGUUGCGGCCAAAGACCCUGCAAGAUGUGGCCGCACAACUGGGACAAUUGCUCAAUGUUACUGGGGGCAAACACUCUAAGCAAACACUGAAGGACAUAGGGACGUUCCUCAGGUACAUGGAGACUCCUAACAAUGUCAAGGUGUGGUAUAGCAAUAAGGGCUGGCACGCCAUGGUAUCUUUCAUGAACGUAGCCAACAAUGCCAUCCUCCGUGCAAACCUGGCCAAAGGAGCGACCCUGGACGAAUAUGGAAUCACGGCUAUCAACCACCCCCUGAACCUCACCAAAGAGCAUCUCUCUGAGAUCACUGUCCUGACCACCUCAGUGGAUGCAGUGGUGGCAAUCUGUGUCAUCUUCGCCAUGUCCUUUGUCCCGGCCAGCUUCGUCCUUUAUCUCAUCCAGGAAAGGGUCACCCAGGCCAAACACCUGCAGUUUGUCAGUGGUGUCAGUCCACUGGUUUACUGGAUGGCCAACUUCCUCUGGGACAUGGUGAAUUACUCCAUCAGUGCAGCAAUGGUGGUGGAAGUUUUCCUUUUUUUUGAUAAGAAGUGCUUCACCUCACCAACCAACCUCAAGCCGCUUGUUGCCCUGCUUUUGCUUUAUGGCUGGUCUGUGACACCUAUGAUGUACCCCAUGUCCUACAUGUUUAACAUACCCAGCACAGCCUAUGUCUCUCUGUCAUGUAUCAACCUCUUUAUUGGCAUUAACAGCAGCGCCAUCACCUUCAUUCUGGACCUUUUUGAGGGAACCACUGCUCUGUACAAGUUCAAUCAGCUGUUAAAGGCCGUGCUACUCAUCUUCCCCCAUUACUGCCUGGGACGAGGUCUCAUAGACAUGGCUAUGAACCAGGCCAUUACUGAUAUCUACACUCGCUUUGGUGAGGACUACAGUCCAGAUCCAUAUCAAUGGAACUUUAUCGGGAAGAACCUGUUCUGCAUGGCUGUAGAAGGAUUUGUCUAUUUCCUCCUUAACAUUCUCUUCCAGUAUCGCUUCUUCCUGGAUCACUGGAUAUCAGAUUGCCCAAAGCCUAAAAUUUUCGACGAAGAUGUAGAUGUGGCUGAGGAAAGAGAGCGAGUUUGCCAGAACAGAAAUACAAAUGAUAUUUUACGAACAAGAGACCUGUCGAAGACGUACACAGGAACCAUCAUCCCUGCAGUGGACCGAAUCUGUGUUGGAGUAUCCCCUGGAGAGUGCUUUGGUCUCCUCGGAGUAAACGGUGCAGGCAAGACCACCAUGUUUAAGAUGCUGACAGGAUACAUUGACGUUACCUCAGGAGAAGCCUCCAUUGCUGGUCAUAGCAUUUUAACCAACAUCCUGGACGUUCACCAGAACAUGGGAUACUGCCCACAGUUUGACGCCAUAGAUGAGUUGCUGACAGGCCGAGAACAUCUGCACCUUUAUGCCCGCCUCCGUGGAGUCCCAGAGUCUGAGAUCAGCAGGGUUGCAGAGUGGGCCAUCCACAAGCUGGGUCUCACAGAGUGUGCAGGUCGAAGUGCUGGGACUUACAGCGGAGGUAACAGGAGGAAACUCUCAACAGCCAUUGCCAUGAUUGGCUGCCCUGCUCUGGUGCUGCUGGAUGAGCCGACCACAGGUAUGGACCCUCUUUCCAGACGCUUCCUCUGGAAUUCCAUUUUGAGCGUUAUUCAGGACAGACGAGCUGUGGUUCUCACCUCACACAGCAUGGAGGAAUGUGAGGCACUCUGUACCCGUUUGGCCAUUAUGGUCAAUGGAUCUUUCAAAUGCUUGGGAACCAUUCAGCAUCUUAAAUACAAAUUUGGCGAUGGCUACGUUGUGACCAUGAAGAUCAGGGCAGCGGAACCCGGUCUCGCCCCAGACCUAAAUCCUGCUGAAGCUUUCAUGGAGAGCACGUUCCCUGGCUGCAUCCAGAGAGAGAAACACUACAACACGCUGCAGUACAAGAUCUCCUCCUCCUCUCUGGCUCGCAUCUUUCAGAUGGUCCUGGCCAACAAAGACAAGCUAAACAUAGAGGACUACACAGUAUCACAGACAACUCUCGAUCAGGUCUUUGUAAAUUUUGCCAAGCAACAGUCAGGAGAGGAUGACACCAUAGUGUUACACCCAAAGGCUGCUGGUGCACAGCGAUACAUCGACGCCACACCCAUCAAGUCUUUGGGGAAGUGAAAGUACUUCAACAAGCUCAACCCGGUGUCGUUGGUUUUCAUUUCACUGGAGUGUCGUCUGGCCUCAUAGAGACAAGCAACAGCAUUAAACCAGGUUGGAAAAGUAAAGGUCAUGGAGGGUACAUUUGAUGUUUCCCUCAAGGGAGGGACGAAUAGGGCAAAUGUCAUUUUUGACUUAGCAUUUGACAUGUGACAACAGUGCACAUGUCUUUUGCUCUGCCAGUACACAGGGUUAAUGGGCUUUGAAUCUGGAGAGUGUUGAGCAUUUAUGUGCCUGCUGUAUGUUCCACUUCCUGCUCACCUUGUAGGCCUUUCAAAUGUAACACAACAGAGCACUAGAUUUACAACGAGGACCAUGGACUUUGCGUGAUGACACGAUUGUUUGUAGCAGAUUUCGAUGUGAAUUGUAAAGAAAGCAUAGGUGCUGUUUUUCUUUUUGCUUCAGAUGCCAAGCAAGAUUAAAUUGUUUUGCCUUCUUUAGAUGAGUGAAAGAAACACUCAGAGAAGCAUAGCAUCCUGAGCACUUUAUUUAUGCAGCUUGGACUGAAUGAUGUUUGGCCAUCUGCUAGUGUUGUAUAGAUAAUCAUUUCUACAAAUUCUUCUUGCUGCUAUGAAAAUAAUUUCGAUACUAUUUCAUAUUUUUGUCUUGUUUUAUCUUUGCGCUUUAUCAUUUCACCAGUAACUGAUGUCGUGAAACACAAUGUCAAGAAAGUGACAU